AUGGACGAUCUCACAGUCAUUCUCAAUCUGUCCGAGCUCCCCCCAGAGUUCACUGCCAUGAUGAACUCGUCACCUGAAUUUCCGUCCAACACCACCGACGUGCCAAUAGACGAGGAUACCCCCUACCGUCCUGUUACUGCCUGUGUUAUCUCGUAA